AUGGGGAUAAAAGUGACAAUUUUCAUUGUGGUGGUUGCCAUAGUAACUGGCUUGUAUUUUUGUGGAUUUCUCACCUCUCCACCUACGGUGCCUGAGUAUGGUGAUGGAUGGUGGGGGCGUGGUAAGAAGCCAAAGGGUGAAGAAGACACCAGCAUCCGAAAAUUUAAAAUCAAUGUUGACAAUUCAGUGAUUGACGAUUUGAAGCAGAGGCUGGUGAAAACAAGGUGGUUUGAACCUCUUGAAGAAGCCAACCAUGUUUUAGGUUACCAUACCACCCUUCCAAAUGGCCAACCACCAUUGUACGCUGUCAGACUGGCCGUUGGGAGUGUCUUUCCUUCAUUGGUUGGCCUUGAUGUGGAAGAUAUGGAUCGUAUAUACCCUGUAUUUGACAAACUGAAACACUUGCUCAGGGAGAGUGGGUACAUGCAUUUGCAGGCAACAAAGCCAGACACUGUUGGUUUUGGACUAAAUGAUUCUCCUGUUGGACUAGCAGCAUACAUAUUGGAAAAGUUCAUCGGCUGGACAAAUCCACAUUAUCUUGAUCUUGACAGUGGUGGUUUAGAAAACCAUUUCACUAUGGAUGACCUGUUGACCAAUGUGAUGAUUUAUUGGGUUAAUGGCAAUAUUGUUUCAUCAAUGAGGUUAUACAAAGAAUCCAUAGCAGAGAUUCUUUCCGGGCAAUUGGAUGCCAUGCCUGAGGUACCAGUGGGCAUCGCAAUAUUUAAAUACGAGUUGGCUCAUCUCCCAAAAGCUUGGGCUAAGCUUUUGUUUCCUGAUCUUUUGACGUACUCAAGAAUGCAGAGAGGUGGACAUUUUGCUGCAUUCGAAGAGCCGCAGCUGCUUGCUGAAGAUGUAAGGAAGUUUGUCAGUGCAAUUGUCAGAAGAAAGAAAAUUUAG